AUGGAGGGCCUCGGGGACCAAGUGGGAGGGAACGGUGACGACUUAACAGGGAAGAAGAGGCCUAAGCUGCAGACACUGAGGUCGAAGUUGUUUGGGAAGAUGAAGAGGAAGGGGGAUGAAGGAGUGAUGAAGCACACUCAAUCGGCCUGCGACAUUACGCAAGGCAGUCUGGACCUUGAUGUUGACUUUCAUUCUUCACAGAACAUACUGGGAUCCAGGUCAUUGUCACAUGACAGUAUCUUCCUGGCAGACCAGUGCCAAUCAGAUCCAGAGCCACCAAGGGUUUUCUCCCAGGAGAACAUCCAUGGUAAAAUCCGAACACUGCAGCUGAAACUGCAACAGCAGAACAUGCACCUAGGCCCACCACCAAUGGUGUUGCCCAUUAAACGCGUUGGAGGAGAACCAGAAGCUGAUGAACCUCCUCAAAGCCCAUCUGAAAUCUCAGGUCUCACCAAGAGCUUGUCAUGCAAGCCUCCAACCCAGCAAGCUCCACCUCAGCCUCCCAGCCCCAGACGGGUCCCUCUCCCGCCCACUGUGCCGUGCCCAGGGGUGGACUUCAGUACCCCACCAAAAUUCAUCCUCUGCUUGGACAGCUCUGCUGCCCGUCACCGGAUGUCAAUUAAGCCGCCGAAUCAGAGAGCCAGCACUAAGAGCAGGAGACUGCCCACCCCAAUCACUCUGACCGGGGAGGGGCUUACUGCUCCUCCAACCAGAAACCCUCGUCCAGCAUCACCUGGAAAUACACUGACAGGAGCAGCAGAUGAGAACUUCACCCAUGCUGUGAGUCAACCUGAAGGAGCCACCUCCCCCUCUACUGCUUGCCUCCCACAACCUAUGGUAAAGCAGCAGACACUAGCCUGGGAAGCAGCAUGCACCUGGAAGCCUGAGUUCACUGAGUCAUCCACUUCAGCUGUAUGGUCUAAACAGGCUCCAAAAUUAGUGGAAGCAAUGACUGGUAAGCUGCCCAGCUCUGCUCUGUCAACCAGUAUGAAGGGGGGUGAAGACCAUAGAGAGAUUCAACUAGGCUUCAGAGUGAAGAGUGUCCAACAUGGUGCCACAUUCACUGUAGGCUCCCCAAGUACUCCAUGCCGCAUUCCAGUAGAAUCAGAGAAGAAUCAGCUUCAAAGUGAAAAAGCGACUCAGGAGAAAGAUGCCUUAAACAAGAACGGGGUUCAUGACAUCUCGCGAGAAGAUCACCCUGGAGGCCAAUCUCAGGGCUGGGCUGUUGGAGUUGCUUUAAGGCCACCAUCCCACCGGAGAAAUACGGCACCCUUAGAUGGCAAAGCUGACAGCAGGAAUCUACAGCCAGUCUUUACAGUGCCACCCACUGGUCAGGUGGACAAACUGCCAAAGGAGUUCACAAACCAGCCAAGAUCUGUGUCGGGCUCUCUGCGCUUGGCUGCCUCCCCAGCCAAGAGUUACGAAAGGCACAGAACUGCAAGUUUUACUGGAGUAUUGGAGCAAGCAGGGUCAAAGAGAGAACUCCCACCUCCACCAAUGUAUUCGAAAACUCUCAAAACGCAGGAUCAGCUCAGGAGCACACAGUUACAGCCAAAAGGGAGGGAACCGUGUGCUAACCUCUCAGAUUCACUGGGAAAUGAUGUACCAGCGGUACCAACCACACCAAGGGAUCUCACGCCGACCCGCUCUGCUGGGCGAGAGAGAGAGGACAGUGAAGCAUGCGAAACCCAGGAGGAGAGCGUGCAGGGUACAGAGGUUCAGGAGACUGCUGAGACGAUAGAUGAGGCAAAGAACUACUCAAAAGGAAAUGACAUUAAGGAAGAGGGGAAAGCAGAAGAGGGAAUGAAUGCCUUUGGAGUGAAGCUGCGCACCACAUCUCUUUCUCUAAAAUGUUCCCCAGGCAAGACACAGUCAGAGCUCAAUGUCAAGCAGCAGAAAGCUGAGGUUAGCACGAGCACCCCAGCUUGGGUGCCAGAGUCCCCUGCAGUCGGGGGUCACAAGGACAGCAGUGUUAGCCCUGCGAGAGGAAACCUGGCUGCCACAGUCCUUAAGACGUCUUUCACUCCCAAAACCGAGCCCCUCAUCUCCACCAAGGCCCUGAGCACUGCACCUGAGGGUGACAGUAGAGUCCAGGAGAGUACCAUCCCCAUUAGAACGGCUGAUUUAGGGAGACCAGUUCAGCCUUCGUCUUCACCCGCUAAAGAAAUUAAGACUGUACACUCUUGGGCCCCUAAAGAGAGCACACCAGUGCCCUUGACCCCUAACGAAGGCACACCAGGGCCCUUGACCCCUAACGAAGGCACACCAGGGCCCUUGACCCCUAAAGAGGGUACAUCAUUUUGUAUGUUGAAGAACACCCCUACACCCCCAGCUGUAAAAGAGCCACGGGAGCCUUCCUCCGAGUUGUCUUGGAUGAGUAUGGCCCGGGAAAAGACCAGGAGCCUCCAGCAGCUCUUCACAAGCAGGUUGCCUGACUUUCCUGGACUGCAGUCAACUGCGCGACCAACAAACGUAGCAUCCGCACCUCCACAAGCACAGACAUCAACUUUACAGUGCAGUGGAGGGUCUGGAAGGUCUACACAUCAAGUAUCACCUGCACAGCAAGUUGUCAGGCCGUUACAAGCUAUUUCUACCUCACCACCAGCCAUGCAAGCCUCUGCAAAGGCAACUGAUACAUCCAUAACUCAGGCAUCACCCAUGGAGUAUUCCAUUAGACCCCCUCAGCCAAUCAAAGAGUCAGAUUUAUCGUUAAUGCAGACGCUUUCGACCACUGGUCAAACACAGCUCAGCGGCACGGCAGUGCAGUCUUUUGCAUCUAUUUCAUCAACCACAUAUUCUACUACAAAACCAGUGCGUUCGACAGCAGCUUUUACAUCUCCCGGUCAAAUAAACACCCAGACAGUACACAGAGCAGAAGAAGCGCCAUUCCACCUGCCAUUAUAUCAGGCUUAUCCUGUCCAAAGUGUGACAAAUCCUCAAGAGUUCCAAGCCACCACUCUGCUUAACCUGCGCUCAACUCAGCCCGCUAGCCUUCGUCUGUCCCUGAGCCCAAAGCUAGCGCCCCAUCAGACCUCUGCAGAGACGAGGGCUCGGGUUGGCAGGGAUGGGCCCUCCAUGCUGUUAGGGAAAGCAGACCUGACACCUGUGCUGCAUGAAAAAGGCCCAGUGGGAAGUAGGGCACAGUGCGCAGGAAUUCUGGGAAGCAAAGCCUUCCCCAGCGAGCAGACGGCCAGACCAACAUCUGACCCAGCCAAGAUAGAACACCAGAAAGUGGCACUAGAGUACCGGUCCCCAACUCAGCCUUUGACUGCAUUUAGAACCAUGCCCAGUCAUAGCAAGUUCACAGAAGCUUCCUCUGGACCCAUGGGGCUGAACAGAGAGGAGAAGUGGCCGAGGAUAACCACAUCAUCAUCACCACCUUCAUCUUCAUCACCUCCCCAGUCUAUCAGCGAUGGCGGACAACCUUCCUGGAUGGAGCUGGCAAAGAGAAAAUCUCUUGCAUGGAGUGAUAAGACUAUGGACUGAGUCCGAAAGAGACACACGGAAAAGCACACUAGAUAGCAAAGCUCCAGGAAGGGUCUGGAGGUUGCUUAGAGAUGGCUAGUGCACAUUUCAUUAGUGCUUGUGUGUGUGGGGAGAGAGUGAGCGAAUGUGAGACUGGAUGAGAGAGACAGACAGACAGAUAUAAAGAGAGAGUGCACACACAGUCCUUUCCUCCUGUAUAUUAGGUUUUGUGGUUCUCAGGUUUAC